AUGCGGUACACCGCGGACAGCGCCUCCUGUGAGGUGCUGGAGGGCCACACCGACGGUGUGCUGGGUGUGAUUGCGCUGCCGAGUGCGGAUGGCCAGCUGCCGGUCCUGGUCUCGUGGUCGGAGGACAGCACGAUCCGGGUGUGGCAUGCUGCGGACGACGGGACGGGCGCCAUGCGGUACACCGCGGACAGUGCUUCCUGUGAGGUGCUGGAGGGCCACGUCAAUCGUGUGUGGGGGGUGAUUGCGCUGCCGAGUGCGGAUGGCCAGCUGCCUGUCCUGGUCUCGUGGUCGAAGGACAGGACGAUCCGGGUGUGGCACCCUGCGGACGACGGGACCGAGGCCAUGCGGUACACUGCGGACGGUGUCUCCUGUGAGGUGCUGGAGGGCCACACCAGCGAUGUGCAGGGUGUGAUUGCGCUGCCGAGUGCGGAUGGCCAGCUGCCGGUCCUGGUCUCGUGGUCGUGGGACAACACGAUCCGGGUGUGGCAUGCUGCGGACGACAGGACGGGCGCCAUGCGGUACACCGCGGACGGUGCCUCCUGUGAGGUGCUGGAGGGCCACGUCAAUCGUGUGUGGGGGGUGAUUGCGCUGCCGAGUGCGGAUGGCCAGCUGCCGGUCCUGGUCUCGUGGUCGGAAGACAGGACGAUCCGGGUGUGGCAUGCUGCGGACGACGGGACGGGGAUCAUGCGGUACACCGCGGACAGGGACUCCUGUGAGGUGCUGGAGGGCCACACCGACGAUCUGCCUGUCCUGGUCUCGUGGUCGGCCGACAACACGAUCCGGGUGUGGCAUGCUGCGGACAACGGGACGGGCGCCAUGCGGUACACCGCGGACGGUGCCUCCUGUGAGGUGCUAGAGGGCCAUACCGACGGUGUGCAGGGUGUGAUUGCGCUGCCGAGUGCGGAUGGCCAGCAGCCUGUCCUGGUCUCGUGGUCGUGGGACAACACGAUCCGGGUGUGGCAUGCUGCGGACGACGGGACGGGCGCCAUGCGGUACACCGCGGACAGUGCCUCCUGUGAGGUGCUGGAGGGCCACGUCAAUCGUGUGUGGGGGGUGAUUGCGCUGCCGAGUGCGGAUGGCCAGCUGCCGGUCCUGGUCUCGUGGUCGGAAGACAGGACGAUCCGGGUGUGGCAUGCUGCGGACGACGGGACGGGGAUCAUGCGGUACACCGCGGACAGGGACUCCUGGCCGGCGUGA